UAAUCAUCAUCAUCGUUAUUCGACAAUUUUUUUUCUUCUUCUCUUUGAUUUGGAUGUUUUUUUUCUCGGUCAUCGAGAUUGGUGGUGGCGAUGGUGGUUAUUUUGCACAUUUAAAUAGCGACUAUGUGUGUGUGUGAUGAACUGGUUUACCGUUUUUUUUCUCUUUUCUCACCAAAAAAAUAAAAAAUUUUCAUCAAAACAUCAUACAACCAAAAUAAUCACUAUUUGUUUGUUUACCUUUAUCUUUAUUUUUAAACAAAAAAAUAUUUCAUCAAUUUGUUGAUAUUGCGGUCAACCAAUCGAAAGACCGGAAUUUGUUGUAAAAUAAACAUCUUUUAUUGACAUUGAAAACAUCAUCGAUCAAAACAAAUCAACGAAAAAAAACCAAUCAAUCAAUCAAUCAAUCAGGACAAGUCAUACAGUUUUUACAGAUCAAAUCAAACAAACGAAUUUUUCACCGUUACCCCUGAGUAAAUAUCGAAAUAAUGCCCGUCAAUUUUGGUAAUGGUAGAUCAUCAUCAUCAUCGAUGAAUGGUAAUGGUCAAGUUAAAGUAGUUAAACGUGGUAUCGAUGCAUUAGAAGCAUGGGGACGUCGUAUAACUACCGGUUAUCAAAAUGUUCAUAUAAAUGAUUUAACAACAUCAUGGCGUGAUGGUUUAGCAUUCUGUGCUAUUAUUCAUUAUUUUCGUCCUGAUCUCAUUGAUUAUGAUAAUCUAAAAAAAGAUGAUAUUCUACAUAAUAAUCGUUUAGCAUUUCAUUUGGCAAAAGAACAUUUUUCCAUACCAGAAUUAUUAGAUGCAGAAGAUAUGUUGAAACAUAUUGAACCGGAUAAACGUUCAAUUGCAUUAUAUUUAUCUGAAUUUUAUAAUUAUUUUGAAAAUGGUAAACGUCGACCACCGAUACCAUCAACGCCAUCAACCGAUACAUCAACAACAACAAAUGAAAAUAAAUCACUGCCACCAACAUCGGUUAGAUGAAAAAAAAUGAUGUUUCAAAUGUCAAAAUUUCUCAAGAAAAAAACAACAACAGAAGAUGAUGGUAGUG